AUGGCGGCGAGUUGGGCCGAUCUUCCCCCAGAGCUGCUAGAACUGUGCUCAAGACAACUUCUUCUAGAGGACUGGUUUGCAUUCCGUUCCGUGUGCUCGACAUGGCGUGCUGCCGCAUUCAAAGAGAGGUUCGAUUUCCCGUGGCUGAUGCUCGCGGAUGAGGACAAGAGCGCCGAGAGCAGGUGGGCCGAGUUCCGCUGCCUCUUCACCUUGCGAAUUCACAGAGUUCUAUUGCCGGAAGCGAAGAGCUGCCUCUCUUCGCGGGGUUGGAUCUUGACUAUCGGCAAAGACUCAGAAAUGCACAUGCUCAAUCCCCUGUCUCGUGCCGCCACUCGCUACCGCGACGACAUCAUUGUUCUCCCUAGUGUGAACAAAAUCUCCGGCUCGGAUUAUGAUGAGGGCUCGGAUUAUGAUGAGCUAGUCGUAAAAUUUAUCUUGUCUGCAAGCCCAGCUUCAUCUCCAAACUAUACGGUCAUGGUCAUUUACUGGCCCUCCGGACCAUUAUGCUAUUGGAAACCCGGCAAUGAGGAGUGGAAACUGUUGACUCUCCCGGACCCGCUCGAUCCUGUUCUUGAAAAUGUUCUUGAUGUCAUACAUUAUCAGGGCCAAUUUAUUGGAGUUAAUUCAUUCGGUAGUAUAUUAAGGUUUGAUCCGGAUGGACCAGAUCCAAUAGAAGUUCUACUGGAGAGGCCUCAGGAAUUUCGUGAUCUCAUAAAAUUUUGCGUGGAUCUUUAUUUGGUGGAGUCGGCGGGCCGUCUGUUGCUGGUCUCGCACUUCAGACUACUAGAAGAUUCAAAAGAUUAUACCACCGGUUUCAAGGUUUUCGCCGUCGAUUUAGAUACUAGACAGUGGACGGAGCUUGAGAGCAUAGGGAACGCGUGCCUCUUCGUGGGUUUUAACUCUUCCUUCUCAGUACAUGUUGAUGAGAACCAGCACAGUAUCAAGCCGAACUGUAUUUACUUUACCGGCUGCUGUGACAUGGGAACAUACUACAUGGAAGACGGAAGAAUUGAGUUUGAUAAAAAAGCUGAUUAUAAUCCUCAUCCGCCCCUAUGGAUUGAUUCUCCGCCUCUAUGGAUUGAACCAAGUUUUUGA